AUGGACAGCACUGCUUUCCCCACACUGCCCUGGAUGGUUCUCCUCCUCAGCUGGACUUGUUAUGCUGAGGAGGAUACCGAGACUCUGUCCUGCCCAGAAUAUCAGGAGGGUUUCGACGGCUCCUGCUACGAGUUUUUGGGUCUGCAGCGGUCCUUCCUUAGUGCCCAGGGAUGGUGUGAGCGAGGCGGAGGACACCUAGCCUUCAUCCUGAAUGAUGAAACUCAGCAGUUCCUUCAGAAGCACCUGGAGCCCGAGAAGGACUGGUGGCUCGGACUGGCUCCUGCUGCUCCAAACCUCACGCUCGAGUCUGCUGCCACUGAGGGACCCCUUUCAUGGCUGGAUGGCUCAGAUGUCAGCUAUAGUAACUGGGUGAACAUGCCCGAUGCACAAGCAGCCUGUGGAUAUAUCCUGAGUCAUUCAGGCUUCCAGUGGGAGGCCACAGCGAACUGUAGCCAGGAACUCAACUUCAUCUGCCAGUUUGAUUCUGGGAGAUCUAUUGCAUGUGAUGGCCAAAAUGCCACAUUGCAAUGUGGUUCUGGUCAAGUUAUAGAGAUUGACGACAGCUUCUACGGUCGAAAGACAAUUCACUACUGCAGAUCCAAACUUACAGCCUCCCCCACAUCCUCCCAGGAGGAGUGCAGUUGGAUAGAUGUGGUAGAUUCUGUAACAGCCCAUUGUCAUGGACUGCAGGCCUGCCAGGCUCCAGUGGAACUGAGUUCUUUUGGUGAACCCUGUCCUGUGCUGGGAAGUUACCUGUCUAUAGAGUACCACUGCAAACAUGGACUCCACUUAUUGAUGAGUAAACUGGCGGCCAUUUUUGAUAAUGUCACCAUCACUGUGAAGUGGCUCCUUCAUCCAUUUCAGGGAAACUUAACGUGCACACUGAAUGCUGGGGAUGGCCACACUAUUGAUCCAUACAACCCAGAAGAGAUGGAGAGCACUGUGACACACAUAUACAGCCGUCCUGGUGUUUACAUGGUUGGGGUGGAGUGCACUACCAGUGACUGGCAUGUGACAGCACAGAAAGUUAUAACCAUUCAGGAGCCUGUCGGAGAGUUUAGUGUGAUCAAGUGCUAUAGCCGAAAUGUGUCAACAGAGGGCACUAAAUGCAAUGCACUUUAUAGCAGUCCUGUUCAAAUUCAAGUGAUGGUGGAGGCCGGUACAAAUGUUUCCUACACAAUUCAACAUGAAGGCCAUUUGGUUGCGAACUCGUCAGUGGACAGAGGGAUUACACCCCACAACAUUACACUGAAUUCAAGAGUGGCAGAGAAGCUUGGACACGGCUGCCACAACCUGACUCUAGCUGCGUCAAACCGGGUCACAGCCCGCACUGUGACCAUUGAUCUGGAGCUCUGUCUGCUGGAGCCUGUUGAAGGCCUGCAGGCCUCGGUUAUGUCAGAGGAAGGCAAGUGUCCAGACUCCACUGAUAUUAUCAUUGGUGUUUUUUUGGAGCGAGGAGCCCCCGUGCAGCUUCUCUUCAACCUCACUGGAGCCAGGGAGACUUUGUCUGAGACCAGAGACAUGCUCAACGGUAGCUUACAAGCUUACACAUUCUCCAGUCCAUUUGAAGGAUUGUUAAAAGUUAAAGUACAAGCCAUGAAUGCCUUUUCGGCCUUUGAUGUGGACGUGGACUUGGAGAACAUACUCGAGGCUUGCCAGAAUUACUCUGACUUUUCACCAGAUGAACAUGGAAACACAGUAUGUAAUAUGAGUGUCGACGACUCUACUGACUUGAGAAUAAUUGCUACUCCUGACACUCUGGUCGACUACACUCAGAGUGUCACUUUGAGAGUAACUGGAACAGAAUCAUUACCCAGCAAAGGACUCACGUUUGAAUGGAAAUGUCAAGGAAACUGCAAAUGCAGAAACAAAACAAAUGAUGAAACUCAUGUUAUCAAAAAAGAAUGCCUCCCAAACCCCUUUGAAUUUUUCAAAUACACGUUAACUGUAAGGAGAAAAACCUGGUUUAGGAAAUGGGUUGGCCUUGCCUCAGCUUCAAGUUGCAUCACUGUUGCUCCAAGAGAAUUCACAGAUGUCACUAUCAGUUGUGAUAAUUGCGCUUCGAUAAAUGUGAAUGACCACGUAAAGCUAAGACUGAGCUGUGUGACCACUUGUCCAGACGUAGUCUGGUAUAUUGAGGACCCCAAACCUUUGACGGGUGUCCUUGAAAAAUGUUACUCUGAAGCAGGAAGGAGGCCACCUAUUGAGAUGCAGGAUGGCAGCACUGAAUAUACUGUACACAGCAAACAUCUGAGAGUUUCGAGGGACACACUGCAGAACAUCAGUGUGAUUGCUUAUGGCAAGAAGGAGCCAGGUUUUGUGACGUACACUCUUCGAGUACCAGGGCCUGAGCCAACUGAACCAGCUUCAAUACCAGGAGUGACAACUGAUGCGCCUACAGACCCCAGCACCCCCUCAUGUAGCAUCUCUCCCACAUCAGGAACUGUUCUUGAUGCUUUUGACAUCACCUGCAAACCAAGCUCUUUCUGCUCUGCAGGCUGUUUUUAUUGCUUCAGAACCGACACAGGCAAACAUCUGCGCUGCAGUCAUGCAAAUGAGGUGAAAUCUGUCUUCCUGCCUCUCGGAGAUAAGAACAACAAUUACAGUUUGCCUGUUGUGGUGACUGUGAAAAAUGGAUAUGAAAAAGCCACCACAACUGUCACUACUCAGGUACGGCAAAGUGGCUCAGGUACCUCAGUGGAAGCUCUCCAGUCUGCGGUGGAGGAUACCGUGACUCAGUUAGAGCAGCAAGGUCUGCUGUCUGGUGAGGCACUUGGACAAAUAUUUACUUCGGUUUCUGACAUGCUGAAUACAGAGGCUGGCCAAGAUCAGAAGGAUGCGAGGACGAAGCUCAGAGAGCAAAUGCUGACCAAAAUGACCACAGUGCUGGUGGACUCCCCCACUAACACAACUCAUGAAGUGCAAGUGACGGCCAAAGCUGUGGCUGGACUCACCCGGCGCUCAGAUGAGCUCAGUCCCGCUGCACAAGAGGAAGCAGGUUUGUUGUUAGUAGACCUCAGCUCCUCUCUCAACACUAUCAGUGUUAAUCAGGACGGCGGGGAUGAUGGAGAAGUUGUGCAAGCAGCUACACCAAUAGUUGAAGCAGCCAGUAAUAUUUUGAAUGUUUCAUCAAAUAAAAAAGUCUCAGAUUUUCUUCUGACUGGGAUAAACAAUGUUCAAAGUGCUUUGCUGAAUAAUAAAAAUCUGAAUGGAGACCCUGCCAUCAUUGAUUCUGGUCAGAUCAGUGUGUAUGUCAACAGAAUCUCUCCAGAAACCAUGCAGCUGCAAGAUAUUAAUGCCCAGAAGAACAGCUCGUCCAGAUUUUCCUUCCCUAGACUGCCUGAAGAUAUCGUUUCUCCAGAAGAGCCAGUGGAUGUGAGAAUGAUGAGCUUUGAGAAAAAUCCAUAUUCGUGGAAGGAGGAAAACAUCACUGGAACUGUAGGAUCUGUGUCUCUCACCAGAGUGAACGGCACCAUCAUAGCCGUUGAGAACUUACCAGACGAGAUAGAGAUUCUCCUACCAAGGCUUGACGUUGGGCAGGAGAACAGCACAGUCCUUGACCUCGCCAAUUUCAGCACAUUAAUAAUUGACGUGCCGUCUCCAGAUGUAACACUAGUGCUGAAAAUGGAGCCGUCUGAAGACAUUUCCUUCAUGCUAUUCCUGGGAUAUAAAGAUUAUCCAAAUGAUGGAAAUUACGUAGCCAAGACUCAGAUCCCUCUAGAGAAUUCCAAAGAAGAGGAAAAAUAUACCUGGGUGCUGAGUCCUAAAGACAGAACAGGAUCUGUUGGGGUGCAUUACCUUGUGAUGAAGCCCAUUGUAGAGCCAGGCAUCAAAUCCGUCAACGCCACUGUCACUGUCAUGUCCAUUGCUGCCCAGUGCAAAUACUGGAAUGAAACUGAAUCUUCUUGGAGUGAAGAUGGCUGCAGGGUCGGCCCGCUCACCACGCCUCUGGUCACUCAGUGCCUCUGUAACCACUUGACUUUUUUUGGCAGCUCUUUCUUUGUCAUGCCAAACUUGGUGGAUGUGUCACGCACCGCAGAACUUUUUGCUACAUUCACUAACAAUCCUGUGGUGGUGUGUUUUGUGGGGGCCAUCUUUUCUGCUUAUCUCCUGGUGGUUGUAUGGGCACGCAGGAAAGACAUCCAGGACUCAGCCAAGGUCAAGAUAACAGUGCUUGAGGACAAUGAUCCCUUGGCCGAGUAUCGUUAUAUGCUGAAUAUCAGCACUGGGCAUCGGCAUGGUGCAUCCACCUCCUCUCAGGUGACGAUAACUCUGCUGGGCACAGAGGGAGAAAGUGACCCCCACCACCUGACUGACCCUGAGAAACCUCUGUUUGAGAGGGGUGGGGUGGACAUGUUCCUGCUGACCACACACUUUUCUCUUGGAGAUCUACAGAGCAUCAGACUGUGGCACGACAAUUCGGGAGAACACCCUGCAUGGUAUGUCAACAAAGUGAUGGUGCAGGAUCUGGAGAGUGGUCAGAAAUGGCAUUUCCUGUGUAACUCCUGGCUUGCCGUAGAUGUGGGAGAGUGCACUCUUGACAAGGUCUUCCCGAUAGCCACAGAAAUGGAAUUGAAGAGGUUUAGUAACCUGUUCUUCAUGAAGACAGCCAAGGAUUUCCGUGACGGCCAUAUCUGGUUCUCUGUAGUUAGUCGCCCUCCCUGCAGCACUUUCACACGUGUGCAGCGUGUGUCCUGCUGUUUUUCGCUUCUGCUGUGCACUAUGCUGACCAGCAUUAUGUUUUGGGGCAUCCCAACAGACCCCUCUGAACAGACGAUGGACCUGGGACACAUCGAGUUCACCUGGCAACAGGUUAUGAUUGGAGUUCAAAGUUCAAUCAUCAUGUUUCCCAUCAAUCUCCUUAUUGUGAGUAUCUUCAGAAACACUCGUCCUCGAGAGAAAGCCAGCAGAACAGACGCGGCUAAACAGGGGAAGACUGGUCGCAUUUCUCCCUCACAGACUUCCUCCCCGCAGAAAGAACUGAAGGACAUCACACCAGACACUGUGAUCAAGGACAUCAAGAGAAUUGCGCAGUCUCUCUCGAAGGCCAUGAAAAGUCCAUUGCCCCAUCAGGAGCUUCAUGCUGGUCAGCACACAGACAUCAACAGUCUGCUGUCUCUGGUGGAGGACAUCAUAAGACAGCAGAAUCGAGGGGUUGGAAGCUUUUACACUGAUGCCUCCAAAAGGGAUCACUCUAUGAUCCUCAGUUUAGGUGCAGUCAGUCUACAAGAAAACAGUGUGUGGGGGAACCCUGAGAAGACUUCAGAUGAAGUUCAGAGGAAGAGCAACAACAGCCGAUACCUGUACAGGCAGCUGCGCCAUGUUGAGAAGGAGCUUGGUCUGUUGGGACCUUCUCGUUUCCCAGACCCAGACAGCUACAACCGAGCCAUGCAGCAAGUUCAAGGUAUGAAGGGUCUUCUAGAGUACCACCUCCCCUCGCCCAGCCUGGAUGGAGACCAGCUCGAGCGCAGCCCCAGUCCAGAAGGGAGCUUCGACAAUGGUGACUCCACCAAGAAGUGCUGUCAAGGAGGGCUGCCAUGGUGGUUUGUCUUUGUUGGAUGGAUACUGGUGAUUGCAACCAGUGGUGUGUCAGGAUACUUCACCAUGAUGUACGGGCUGACGUACGGGAAAGACCGCUCUAUAAGCUGGCUCAUCUCCAUGGUGGUCUCCUUCUUUGAGAGUCUCUUCAUUACCCAACCUCUGAAGGUUCUUGGUUUUGCCGCUUUCUUUGCUCUCGUUCUGAAGAAAGUUGACCAGGAGGAGUACGGAGAACCUCGGAUAGAUGAGAGUCUCAGAAACCCAGAUGAUCCUGAUGCAGUGCGGGCAGCGAGAAGAGACAGCACAUGCAGUUUCUAUCAGCCACCACCUCCCACUGACAUCGAGAGGAUUAGGAACAACAUGAUUAAAGAGCAGAAAGUCUUUGCACUGAUGGGGGAGAUUCUUGCCUACAUGGGAUUUAUGUGGAUGUUGCUCCUGGUGGCGUACGGUCAGAGGGACCCCAACGCCUACUUUCUGACCCAGCACAUUCGACAGAGCUUCAGCAAAGGAAUCUCAGAAAGUAUGAGCAUUCAGGGUGUGUUCAACUGGGCAAACACAACUCUGCUGAGCAACCUGUUUGGAGAGCGACCAGGAUUUAUCACAGACGGAAACUCAAAGCUGGUGGGUAACGCUCGUCUUCGCCAGGUGAGGGUGAGGAAGAACUCCUGCCAUGUCGCUCGCUCAAUGCAGCAGUCUGUGCCGGACUGUCACGCUCUGUACUCGUGGGAGUUGGAGGACAUGGGCUCCUACGGUCCAGGCUGGAGCCGCCCUGUGGGAAGUAACACCUCGCUGAACCUUCCCAGCCCGUGGACGUACCAGUCCCAGGGUAAACUGAGGGCCUACCCCAUCUGGGGCAGUGUGUUACUCUACAGAGGAGGAGGGUUUGUUGUGGACCUGGGGCCGGAUUUACCAAAUUCCAGCAGAUCCCUUCAGUACCUUUAUGACAGCACCUGGUUUGAUGUGUACACCCAAGCCAUUUUUGUUGAGUUCACCGUGUACAAUGCCAACGUCAACCUCUUCUGCAUUGUCACACUCAUGCUGGAGACCACAGCCAUAGGAGCUUUCCAGUUCCGCAGUGAGCUUCAGAGUGUGCGUCUUUACCAGUCGACCGGCGGCCUUCACAUCUUUGUCAUGGCCUCUGAAGCCAUCUACUUCCUCUUUAUCAUUUAUUACAUGUUUGUUCAGGGAAAACUGAUGAGGCAGCAGAAGUGGGCUUAUCUCAAGAGUAAGUGGAACCUGCUCGAGAUGGCGAUCAUCAUUCUCAGCUGGAGUGCGCUGUCUGUCUUCAUCAAGAGGACUCUACUGGGGAAGCGGGACAUGGACUAUUACCAGAGCAACAAGGACCAAUACGCCAGUUUCCAUGAGACGGCCAAGGCUGAUGCAGUGCUGGGGUAUCUGAUUGCCUUCUUAGUUCUGUUGGCCACAGUCAAACUGUGGCACCUGCUGAGACUGAACCCCAAGCUGCACAUGAUCACAUCCACACUGCAGCGAGCCUGGACUGAUAUUUCAGGCUUCCUGGUGGUCUUGACCAUCAUGUUCCUGGCCUACUCCAUUGCUUCGAACCUGAUGUAUGGUUGGAAGUUAUACUCCUAUCGGACCCUGCUGGAUGCUGCACAGACCAUAGUCAGCCUGCAGCUUGGCAUUUUUAACUACGAAGAGGUUCUGAAUUAUAAUCCAGUGUUUGGUGCUUUCCUCAUCGGCUCCUGCAUUGUGUUCAUGACCUUUGUGGUUCUGAACCUCUUCAUCUCUGUCAUCCUGGUGGCAUUCAGUCAAGAGCAGAUACAUCACAAGCCAUCGGAAGAAGAUGAGAUCGUGGACCUGAUGCUGAUGAAACUCUGUAGUUUGUUCGGACUCAAAUGUAAGAAACAAGGGGGCGACAGCCUGACUGAGAAGCCAUUUGCUUCAUCUGCUUCAACAACAUCUACAAUUUCUUCUGGGAAUAUUCAGGAGGGCUGAUAUGCUACACUACAGUCAAGCAGAAGUUCAGCAUUAUAAAACCUCCAGAAUGCUUUGUGUCAGUUAUUGCUUUUGCUUUUGCCAUAGCUUGCUUCUUUUAUGGAAACCAACAUGUUGCUGCUUUGUGACCGAAUACUAGCCCUCGCAAGUCUAUAAAUACAUAAGCAUUUUUCUCUACUGUUGCAGAUCUGUCACUAUUGUAGAAA